UUUACAGAAUGACCAGGUUAAUUAUGUAGAUGUUGGCGGUGCUUAUGUGGGACCAACACAGAACAGGAUCUUAAGGCUAUCGAAAGAAUUGGGUUUAGAAACAUACAAAGUAAAUGUGAAUGAGCGUCUAAUUCAGUACGUUAAGGGGAGAACUUAUCCAUUUAGAGGUGCAUUUCCUCCAGUAUGGAACCCGAUUGCAUAUUUGGAUUACAACAACCUGUGGCGGAAAAUGGAUGAUAUGGGGAGAGAGAUUCCAGCUGAUGCACCAUGGGAUGCCCCUCAUGCUGAGGAAUGGGAUAAGAUAACCAUGAAAGAACUCAUUGAUAAAAUCUGUUGGACAAAGACGGCUAAGCAGUUUGCAUCUCUCUUUGUGAAUAUCAAUGUGACCUCUGAACCCCAUGAGGUCUCUGCACUGUGGUUCUUGUGGUAUGUGAAGCAGUGCGGAGGUACCACUCGUAUAUUUUCAAUUACCAACGGGGGUCAGGAACGGAAGUUUGUAGGUGGAUCUGGUCAAAUAAGUGAGCGAAUGAUGACGCUCCUUGGAGAUCGAGUGAAGCUGAGGAGCCCUGUCACCUAUAUUGACCAGUCCAAUGACAACAUUAUUGUAGAGACGUUGAAUCAUGAAUUAUAUCAGUGCAGGUAUGUAAUUAGCGCCAUCCCUCCAGCUUUAAUUGCCAAGAUCCACUUCAAGCCCUCACUGCCUGCAGAGAGGAUUCAGUUAAUUCAGCGUAUCCCAAUGGGGGCUAUCAUCAAGUGCAUGAUGUAUUACAAAGAAGCCUUUUGGAGGAAGAAAGAUUUCUGUGGCUGUAUGAUCAUUGAAGAUGAGGAAGCUCCAAUUUCAAUAACACUGGAUGACACAAAACCAGAUGGAUCACUGCCUGCCAUCAUGGGUUUCAUCCUUGCUCGAAAAGCUGACCGACUUGCUAAACUCCAUAAAGAUGCAAGGAUGAAGAAAGUCUGUGAGCUCUAUGCCAAAGUGCUAGGAUCCCAGGAAGCUUUACAUCCGGUGCACUAUGAAGAGAAGAACUGGUGUGAAGAGCAGUAUUCUGGGGGCUGCUACACUGCUUACUUUCCCCCUGGGAUCAUGACUUUGUAUGGAAGGGUGAUUCGGCAGCCGGUGGGCAGGAUUUACUUUGCUGGCACAGAGACUGCCACACACUGGAGUGGUUACAUGGAAGGAGCAGUAGAGGCAGGAGAACGGGCAGCUAGAGAGGUCUUGAAUGCUUUGGGGAAGGUGGCAAAGAAAGACAUCUGGAUUGAAGAACCUGAAUCGAAGGACGUUCCAUCUGUUGAAAUCACCCAUACCUUUUGGGAGCGCAGUCUUCCCUCUGUGCCAGGCUUCUUAAAGAUCAUUGGCUUUUCAACAUCAGUAACUGCCCUGGGGAUUGUGCUAUACAAAUUCAAGCUGCUGACAAGAUCCUGAAGUUAUAUCAUUCUCCUACCCACUGCUCACUUUCCCAGUGCCAUCAAUAGGGAAAUCUUGACAAAAUAAGGCUAUCAUUGGAUCAUAGCUAAUCACAUAAUUUAAUCCUCCAAUUUAGUCCCAGUGCUGAUUUUCACACAACCGAAGGAAUCACUUCACUGAUUUCAGUAAGAUCACACUCUUGUUAUUGGUCUAUGUAACUAACUUGUAUUGUUUGGUGGAAUAAAACCUUGUGAUCUACUGCUGAUUUAAAAAAAAAAGUGCUCACCACAAACAAUGUCUGUGUCUUGUUUUCCUUCCUUUUAACACAGAAUGCCUGACAAUCACAGAAAUGAAGUAUUUAAUAGUCUUUCUGCAGAGACUGAGCAGGAUAAGACCAUGCCUGUGAUUGUUGUUUUCAGUCCUUACUAUGUGGUGAAGUGUAACUCAGAGGCUCACAGAUUCUUGUGAUAAGUAGCUCUCACUUUGAAUGAAAGAACAGUAAAUCAAAGUCGUGGAAAAUAGACCAGUAGGGAAGACAUCUUGUGGUCUUCUGCCUCAAGAAACUCCUGACCACUUCUAGUUUCAGUGAAGUCUCUAGACAUCUUCUUUUAGAGUGAGCUUGUUUGUAUGUCUUCUUCAAGACAGCAGUGCUUAUUAAAGUAUAGUGUUUAAAUAGCCUUGCUAUAAUUUUGAUACAGCUUCCCAGGUGAGCAGAGUAUAUAGUGACAGAGCUGAUCCCCUCGAUGAGACCUUUCUGGCUAGCUCCAUAGUGAGACCAGUUACAAUGGGCCUCUCCUCUUCUUUCUGGAAAGUGAGGAGGCAUUACUUCAUUUAUCACUGGUGAUAACAUUUCUGCCAAAUUCAGAAUCUAUUUUCAUUUUUAUUUUUUAGGUAGACCCUGAAAGUCAGAAAUCUUCCAAGGGGUGGAGGGGCAGGCAGUGGUGCACCUGGUUCAAGCCCCUGGUUCCUACCUGCAGGAGAAAAGCUUCAUGAGUAGUGAAGCAGGGCUGCACAUGUCUCUCUGUCUUUUUCCCUCUAUUUCCCCUCCUCUCUCAACUCUCAAUUUCUCUUUGUCUCUCUCCAAUAAUAAACAAAUUUUAAAAAUUCAAAAGAAAAAAAAGAAUUUCAACAACUAAAAAUAAAAUAAAAGAAACGUCCAGAGGCAUGUCCCCUCCCCCUUUUCUCCCUAUGACUAUUAUACAACAGGCAGAUGUUUUAACUUAAAUGUGUCUUCAGGAUGAUUACGUUUGAAUAAAUAUCAGAAUGUCAAUUUCUGCCAAAUUAGUAGUGAAAUAUGUGUGAUAUAUUUCUGAUUAUUUGUUGAGUUGAUUAAAUACAAAAAAGGAAAUUAGAACUCUACAAGAUAGCCUCAAUUUCAUUAGUUAUUAAAUUUAGGUAUUUAAAUUUAGUUAUUAAAGACAUUAGAGUGAGUUAUUUUAUACUUACCACUCUUAGGUGCAAUGUGCUCACCUCUUGAAUUUCCCUUUUUAAAAGCUGAGAUUUUUUUAAAUGCCCUCUCAGAGGUCCAGGUGGUAGCAUACCCAGUUAGGCACCGUGUUAUGCACAAGGACCUGGGUACAAGCACCCACUCCCUACCUGCAGGGAUGAAACUUCACAAGUGGUGAAGCAGUGCUACAGUUGUUUCUCUUUCUUUCUUCCUCUGUCUCCCUUUCCCUCUCAAUUUCUCUCUCUAUCCAAAAUAAAUGAAAUACAUUUAAUAUGCCCUUCCAGAUAUUUCAGUCACAAAUGCUCAUUAUUUUCAUGUCACUAUCUGAAAAAUAAAAAAAGAAUCAAGACAGAUGUGAUCAAAUCAGACUCUUAGGAAGAUGCAAGAUACAACAAACAGGUAUAUAAUUACUAGUUUAUCCCAGACAAUGGAUGAAUGAAGCAUUUCAUUUUAAAUCAAGUUUCUAGAUAGCUGAAACUUAUGCUUAUGUGCCAAUUUUUAAAAUAAUUUGUUUGAUGAAAAUACUUUAGAUAAGCUAGAUUCAAAUCCAGCUUUUUUUACUAACAAGACCAAUCAUUUUGCAUCUCAGCUGUUGUAUACUUUUGUAACAGAGUGAUAGGUUUGUGUUUGUCCUUAUAGUAGUAUUGCACAAUUUCUUACAACUGGUGUAAUUACACUGUUUUUCUUUUCCUAUCUUCUCUAACUUCAGUAUUUCAUUUCAUAUUCUUGUUAUCUCCUAACACCAUUUAACUUAGCGUCUCAUCUAUUUUGAUUGAUUCGGAAUUACAGAGUACUAGAGAAAGUCAACCCAAGUUUAUUACAUAAUUAACCUUAUAAAUUCAAAAUUAAGUCACUGCAUCCUGCUGUGAGAGCUUCAGCUAUUCCAACAGUUCUUCUUUUUUUUCUAUUCUUAUGAGGAAAACGCAAGAAUGUUCUGUCUCAUUUUGCCUUGAUUGGAAAGCGGAUUUAGAAGUUUUAUUAAUAUCUUAGAUAUGCACUACUACCUAAGGGAUUGCCAUAUAUUAUACCAAACUUCUUUAAGAAAUCACAUAUUGUUGGUCUAUUUCAGGUUUUGUUUACUUAUUGAUUAACUAAUUUCUGAUAAACCCUUUGGGAAGUGCUAAUUUAGCUUCUUAACUGGCAACAAUUUUAACAGUAAUACAUACCUAAGUUUUGACUCCUGGAGAAUUCCUUAAAAUGCAAUUUAACCUUCAAGUUUUUCAGAGAGCCAAUGAAUUUAUCUUACUUAGAUUUGUAUGUUGAACUACAGUUUAUCAAGAAGUUUGCCAGUCCAGGUGGUCCUAGAUAUGAAAUUAGAGCUGUAAAAAUUCCCAUCACCACUGAGGUCAUACAACACCAAUGCCAUGGGUCUUUUCUCUGACGCAGAGAAGCUAAAGUCAGUUUCUCUUAACUGACCAAUAUACCAGCUGAGAGAGCCUGGUCUUCUUCAGGCGUCUGCUUCACGGUUUGGAAGGUUCUGUCAGCUUCCCUCCAUAGCAUGGUCAAGAAUUGUAUUCUAAAAGUUAAUCUUGUCACAACUGUUAAAUAAGGACUUAUACAAAAUUGAAGGAGAAAUUCUGGAUUGUGAACUGUGUUUAGUUUGAUUGUGAACUUGAUGUCUAAUGUUCUGUCUCAGAUGUGCCCCAGUGCUAUAUGUAGGGAUACACAUAUGUAUGUGCUUUGUCACUGGAGUGUGAUUUUUGCCUGUAAGCUAUUGUCUUGUUUGUUAAUAAAGUACACUACCACUGCUGACUCAAA